UAUCAUUCAUAAAUUUCCAAAGAAAACUAUAAAAUGGAGCCUUCACAAUUAGGAUUUAAAACUAAUACACUAAAGCUGCCAGUAGAUACAGUAAACCAGGAUAUUUUCACAAGCACCAAGAGUGCCUGUGAGAGGACAAUCAAGACUUGUAGCCAUAAGCUCUCUCUUAGUCCGAUAAUUUCAGAUAGGUCGUUCAAGUUCGGAGAUGGAGGGACUUAUAUUCAGCAAGGUGAUUACGUAACUCCUCAGAAAUGAACUAAAGAUAACUCUUUUGAUUACUGAGCAACUCCUAGUAUGAAUCUGCAGUCAAAGAUUGAGUACUUCAUGGUACCCUAUAAUGCCUCUGUUAACAUUCAGAAGCAUAUGACGUUCGAGACUGAAAACAGGAGACAAGCCAGUCAAGCAAGGACAAGUGGAAAUGGAUGGAAAAAUAUCCGGAAAAUGAUCCUUCAGCAGGAUGUAGAGUUCCUCCAUCACAAUCUUUCGACCUUGAAUGAGGGUCUUCUUCGCGCAACAGAGCCUCCAAAGGAAAUCUGACAAAUAUACACCUUUGAUAAAAAGAAGAAGUAUCGAAAGCAAAAGAGAUCAUUCGUCCACAAGACUGGUGACUCUGACUCAUUAAUAAUGUCGCAAUUUAAGUCUAAGAUCCCCAAUUUCGGUAGGAUCGGAAAGAGGGACCUCAACCAAACCGCUGUAAGUCCGACUGAAUAUCUAAAUUCACCUCUACAAGACUCUAAAACCACAAAGAGUCCCAUCUAUACUGGCAAUCGGAAUAGAACUCAGAAGAUGAUUCCUAAACUUUUUACCAACAAUCGUCAAGACGAAUAUUCAAAAACUGAGAGUUCUUCCAAAAGGCUUAUCCCGGAUAUUGGAAGGAUCAGACCACUCAAACCAAGUAACAAGCUACUGGCUCAGAUCAAGAGAAAUAUCAAACCUACAGUGGGAAAUAUGAAGCUUAAAAUAAACCCUGAAAGAGUUCAUAAGACCUCCAUCUGAUCUACAGCAGCGAGUUUUACUAUCCAGAGUCCCAAUUUAGUUCAAGAUAAAAACUUCUUUAAUUCCUCUCUGACGAUUCCUUCCACUAAUAAGGCUAAGAAAAGGCGAUACAGGAAUCAAUCAAUAGAUGUAGAUACAAAGAACAAGUUUAGGACCAAGAUUCUCAAUGUGUAUUCUCCAGAUACUAAGAAUCCAAGAGCUAGAAACACUAAACUAAGAGCUCUGGAGGUUAAAGAAGCACUCAGUCGAACCAUUUUUUAAGAAUU